AGAGUUCUGGAAGCUUGGACGGUGAGAGCGAGCGGCGACUCGGAGAGCGCUCACGGCCAGGCCGCUGCUGCCGCCGCUGCGCCGCCGCCGGACAUGGUGGGGCCGAACGCGGCCGAGCCCGAGCCCAGAGCCGGGGCCGUGGGAGAAGCAGCAACCGCCGCCGGCCCGAGCCCCGGGCCCCCCGACCUGACCGGGCUGCCCGACGCCGACAUGGAGGUGAAGAAGCUGCAGGACCUGGUGAAGAAGCUGGAGAUGCAGAACGAGCAGCUGCGGAGCAGGAGCGGCCGCGGCCCGGGCGGCAGCGAGCACGGCUCCAGCGGGGGGGGAGGCGGGAACAAUGACUACAGCACACAAGCCGAGUGCGUGGGGAAAGCGCCGUCCCUCAGCCCCGGAGACCCCAUCCUGUGCGAGUACGAGACGCUGCUCAGCACCUGGGAGGCGCAGGUGCUGGCGGGGGGCCCGGCGGGAGCUGCCGACCUCCUGUUUGGAUGCUCUCUCUUGGAGGGGGAGCUGCUGUCGGUGACGGCGGCGCUGGAGGAGGAUGUCCUGGACCUGGAGUGUGGCACUGUGGAGGAGGACACUUGGUUAUACGUUUCGCCAAAGAAGACGGUGACAGCCGACCAGAAGGCCCAAAACCCACUGAAAUGGUGCAGGCAGGUGCUUGACCAUCCUAGCCCUGAGACAGAAGCUGCUUGUCGCAGUCUUCUAUGUAGACUUGAUCAAGCCAACAGAUGGAGAAGCCUCUAUUGUACUCCAUUUUCCACGGCCUGUGCUUAUAGCUGCAACACAGAUGUCACUUCGUGUAGCAAUGUCUUAAGCUCUUCUGGUUUCCUCAAAACGUCUACUAAACCAGUACUAACCCCAGGUUAUCCAAGCAUGCACUCAGCACUGAGUUCCCAGUCAUCCAUUGACAGUGAGCUCAGCACCUCCGAUGACUCCAUCUCCAUGGGCUAUAAACUGCAAGACCUGACAGAUGUUCAGAUAAUGGCUCGGUUACAGGAAGAGAGUCUUCGCCAGGAUUAUGCCUCCAGUUCAGCAUCCGCUUCCCGUCGUAGCUCCAGUGCUUCCCUCAACUCCCUGCGGAGGGGUACCUACAGUGACCAGGAGUUUGACACUUACAGUCUGGAUGAUGAAGAUGAAUAUGAUCACGCCUUCGCACAGCGCAGUAUGCACAGAUACUCCCCCUCUCCACGAAGUUCGCCUCGAUCGCAGUCUCCGGUCAGAGGAGGAGCAGCAACCAGUGGGCGAGCACGGCCCACUCGGCGAGGUCUGCAGGGCCGAGUGUCCGAGUUAAUGAAUUACACAAAGAAUCAAGAAGAUAUACGCCGCAGUAUGCCCAAUCUGGCCAAGUCUGGGAUUCGCUCCAUUGACUCAGGCAGGAACAGCCGAAGCUUUGAAUCUAAUCUCCAAAUGCCCAGCAGUCGUUUUUCCUGUUUUCCGCAGUCUCCAGCAGGACCAUCUACUGGCAAGCUCAGGUAUUCCACUGGAAGUAGCAACCAGUCUCCUCUUUCCACCAGACAGCCCGUCAAAGCUGUUGGUAACAGUAGUUCUCCCUUAAUGACAAGGCAUCCAGUCAAAGCUGCAGGAUACCCUGGUUCUGUGAGUGCUGUUCGUAGAAUCCAGUCCCCCUCGUCUUCAAGCUCUGCAUCACACUCUGCCAUUGCCUCGUCUGUAAGAUCCUCCAGCUCAGGGUUUGGAGCCAGAAACACCCCUGCCAAGUCACGAGUUUCAGGCACCAGCUCUGCCUCGGUGCCCAAGAGCAAGCUUGUACCGCCAGUACGAAGAUCUCUUCAGCCUCCAAAGACGCACGGCAGUGUGGCCGAAGACAAGUGGAAAGAAGGCUGUUACUGAGUGAAGCUCGAGCAUCCACAAAUUGCUGACAUCUAAUGAAGUGAAAGCCCAGCUGGCUGGGUGUUGGGUCCAAUUGAAAUCAAUGUAUAUUGGGUGGGGUGGGGGGGAAGAAGAGGGAGAAAAUCAAGCUCUGACAAUGGAACAGUAUUUUGUAAAGACUGGCUUUAAAUGUUAGUGGUCACCUGUGCUAAGAUUUUGGUCCCUGGGCCCAUGUUUUGUGUUGAAUCAUUGGGCUAGUUAUAUGGAGCCAGGGUUUGCCAUGAUAGGUAUAUGUUAAAUCGACUAGUUUACAUAUUUAAGCUUUGAAAGCUGAAACCUUCCAAACUGACAGUGACCUUAACCGGUGGUAAAGGGUAAAAUUAUGGAACCAGAUUGUUUUGAAACAGCAAAAGUCGUCACAUUUUGCCUUGAAGCUUUAUAGUUUGAAACUUAUAAUUUCCUAAUGUAAACACAACUGAGAUAAUGGGGAGAGUGAUUUAGGUCAGUGGCAUAAAUCUACUUGGAGAUGCCUGUAGCUGCCAAGUGUCUGGACAUUCCUUUAUUCAAUUCUGCUCUGGAGCUCUCAGUCAAAGGAUUUUUAUCAACAACAAACACAAAUGUCCCUGUGUUUGCUGCGACAGGACAUUGUGUUCCUCUAACUUGGUGUCAACUGCAUUGCACCAGUUGGGAAAACUGUUUAGUCAAGCUGUUGACCAACAUCCCUUUUGCAAAUGUAUCAAGAUGUGAAUAUAUGCGUGUGUGGAAUUUGAAAAUCUGGUACAACAAAUUCUUGAGAAUAUUUUCUUAGGGUGUAGUUAGUUUAGAGGUUUGCUGCCUCCUUUGUACUUGUGCAAUUGGCAGUGCAAGAUGUGUGAUCUCUGCCGUGCUGUGUGUAGGUUCAUAAAUUUACUGGGUGGGAUUUGGGUUUAGAUUUGCAAUUGAUCAUUAAUGGUUAAAAGAUGGGAAAUGAAGUGACACCGAAGCUAUUCUUCUGCAUUGUCACCUGCUGUUUAGAGCACUAGUGGUGUGUGAAUUGGUUAAUACGUCAUUGACCUUGCUAUAUGGGCAACAUGAGAGAAAAUUAAAUAUCUUAUAAAACUGCCUUCCUGAAUUGGAUUCUGUCAUGACUGGGAAAUUAGAUUGGAGUAGUAAUCUCUGCAGGACAGUCUAGCUAUCUAUGAGAAGAAAUGUCUCAGUAUUCUUACACAAUGCAUUACAGCACUGAUUUCCAGACCUGCCUUGUUUAUAGGCAUCUGGGCUCCCUCUAUGCUUAAUCUUCUCCAGCAGGCUGGGAGCAAGACAUGUAGUAUUAGGAUGUGCAUUCUCUAUUCAGUGUAUUUCUUAUCUUUUAGGCAUGAGGUUUCUCCAAGGGGAGUUGAUAACUAUGCUUUUGUGCAUCUCUUAAUAUUGGAUCAAAGGUGAAUUGGAAAAUGCUGAUGAAACAUUUGUUGAUAAUGGUACUUGCAAUGCCAAAAAGUUGAAGAAAGGAUUGCUUUGAAAAUAAGGAAUGAAAGAAACAAGACUCGUCAGUCUUGAUGUGUCACAGAAUAUGAAGAUCCAUCAUCUAACCACUUAGCACCCACCAACAAUAGUGUUUUGAUAUGUGGCAAAUCUUAGAUUGGUUUGCUCUAUUUAUAUAUGAAAACCCCCAGUAGAGCUGUUUGCACUUGAGUCACUGCCAAAUCUGCCUGUUUCAAACUUUUCCCAGUAUUUGACAAAGUGGAGAUUAUUUUGAAAUCUCAUUCCCUUUCUCCUUGCAUAACUAACCUGAGCUUGUCUGUAUUUACCGGUGGAUGGAACUACCAGUGACCUGCAUUUGUUACCUCAGGCAAACCCCCUCACUGAACAAGAUUAGGAUCAUUGAAAUCUCACUAAAAGCACUACACCCUUGUGGGACUAAUGCACUUGGUGAUCAGCUAGACACCUUGCUGGAGUUAGGUGGGUGAAGACCCAAUCACUCUGCUCAGGCCAUCUAAAAACUUUAGAUACUUUCCUGAGGAAUGCAAUUUUUUUAUGCUGCAUUAGUUUUAGAAAACCCUGUGAUUAUUGCCAGAGGCAAAGAAUGACUUGCUUUCAUUGUGGCACAUUUAUAUUAUUUUCCCUAGUCAGGUUUUGGAGAUAGUGUGACUUGGUCAUAUUGCAUUUCCUUUGCAAGUUAGGAAAAAUAAAAAGCCACGAUGAAAGUAAGGGUACAAGAUAAAUGUGUGGCACCAAUAUUGAGUUAGUUUCUUAUGCAACUCACCUCACUUGUGAGUAGUCAGGUCUGUGCUGUGAUGUGAAUUUUACUGUUCUAGUUCUCAAACAGCUGAUUUACACAAACUGACUUUCAUUGUACAUUUUUAGUUCUUAAAGGACAUUACUGAGGGACCUUUACUUUUAAUGUAUACAGUAUUACAAAGUCUUUAUAAGAUAGAAGCGUUGAAAGUCUGCUUAAUUUCCAGUUUGUACACUAGCAUGAAACCUUUUAUGUGGUUUUAUUUUUCACUGUGCUGGCAUUGAUUGGGUAAAUGUUGAUUGUAAAUGGCAUUCCACUUGAAUUUCUUAGUUAAAUUAAAUCUUUUUUUAA